AGAAAAGAGUUGAGUAGUGGUAUAUCAAUAGAGGAAGAUUACAAUCCAUAUUUCGAUAUAAUGGGAGUGGAAUACAAUCAAAUAAUGUUCAAUUUGACCAGUGGAAUGAUGGGUAUGUUCAACAACUACCCGGAGUCAAAACAGGCGCAGACAAUGGUGUUGGCCUUCUUCGGGCACCACAUCGACGACACGGAUGUGUUGAGUCAUUGGCGAAAGAAACGAUUGGAGGCCAAAAGCAUGUCAUUGUUGGGCAAAAUGAGUUUUCCAUCGUUUAUCAUAAAAGGGCUUUUGUUUGGACCCAAGAAUCUGAUCAAAACUAAGGAAGAAUUUAUGGAUAUUAAGAAAUACAAUUUGGUCGACAAAUUGAAACCAUACUCUAAUAGUAAAGACAUAAUGGACAAUAUUUUUACCGAGUGUUUUAUGAUAUGGGAGACGGCUAUGAAAAAUCACGGACCCGUCUCUUUCGGGUCGUCAAUUAAAAAUGCAAUUUUGAAAGCUAUGCUCGAAAGCUCAAUGAAGGAUAACCCAAAUUUGGACUCGGAUUUUAAUUUAUUGAUCUCGUCGUGUAGUGAUGUGAUCAGCGCUGAAGUGCCCAACAGUUUGCGUGAAAUCGCAAAGUCUAUUAAAGACAAGCAAUGGUUCCGACAAUUGAGUGCUGAGGAAGCGCUUCAAGUGCUGCAAACGGGAAGCAAUGAGACAUCCAUUAAAUUCAGACAAUUUCUCGAUAGACACGGACACAGAGGGUAUCGAGAAUCAGAUCCUAUGCAUAAGCCAUGGAAAGGCAAUCCAAUGCCUUGUGUUAAGACUAUUAAAACAAUAUUAUCGGGAAAUGAAUCACAAUUUGAAAUUAAAAUGGAAAAAUCUGUCGAAGAAGUGAUCGAUGAACUGAAGACACCAUUGACUCCAUUCAAGAAACUACUGCUGAAAAAGUUUUUCCUUCCGUGGACUCGAAGAGGGAUUGGAUAUCGAGAGCUCUCCAAGUAUUUCAUGAUUUGGAUGAACAAUCAAUUUCGGGACGCCUUCUGGUAUUUGUCCCAACAAAUGGUUAGCGAAGGAUUGAUCCCAACUGUGGACACAUUUUUUUACCUCACGAUGACUGAAGUGGAAAAGCUAUGUAAUGGACAAAGAGAUCCAUUGAUAUUCUCGAGAGUAAGACAACGGCGAAGACUUUAUCCAAAAAUGGAUAAAUACAAGUUCGAAGAGUUUAUUAAAGGACCCGAAAUGAAACCCAGAAAUUUUGAGGACCGGAUUAUACCUCCAGUUUUGACCUCAGCCGGGCGAUAUUCUGAUCACGUACUCGACGGACAUCGGUUGGAGUCCAUACUUCCCAUUACUUUCGGGUAUAAUCACAGAAAUCGGUGGAACGAUAUCUCACGGGGCAGUCAUUGCCCGCGAAUACGGGAUCCCGAGNUCACAGAAAUCGGUGGAACGAUAUCUCACGGGGCAGUCAUUGCCCGCGAAUACGGGAUCCCGAGUCUGAUAGCAGUGGAGGGCGCGUGUCGUGCCUUCAGGACCGGCGAUAUCUGUCUAUUGGACACUAAGACACAGACCAUCACUAAAGUCGAAUAA